UUGGAGCAAGCGGGGAAGCAGAGGAGCGGCAGGGUCAGGGUGCUGAGUUCCUAAGGUGCAAGGAUGCAGAACAGAACUGGCCUCGUUCUCUGUGCUCUUGCCCUCCUGAUGGGUUUCCUGAUGGUCUGCCUGGGGGCCUUCUUCAUUUCCUGGGACUCCAUAUUCAACUGUCAGGGGAGCCUGAUUGCGGCCUAUUUGCUUCUGCCUCUGGGGUUUGUGAUCCUUCUGAGUGGAAUUUUCUGGAGCAACUACCGCCAGGUGACUGAACGCAAAGGAGUGUUGAGGCAUGUGCUUGGACAACACCUUGCUCAUGGGGCCCUGCCCCUGGCCACAGUGGACAGGCCAGACUUUUACCCUCCAGCUUAUGAAGAGAGCCUUGAGGUGGAAAAGCAGAACUGUCCUGCAGAGAGAGAGGCCUCUGGCAUUCCUCCACCUCUAUAUACAGAGACGGGCCUGGAAUUCCAGGAUGGAAAUGACUCCCACCCAGAGGCCCCACCAUCUUAUAGAGAGUCCAUAGCCGGCCUGGUGGUGACAGCAACCUUAGAGGAUGCCCAGAGGCAAGGCCAAGAGUGCUGAGGCAGAGAAAGCUCUCCAGCACUCAUGAUGCCGCCGCUGUGGGGAGCAGCUACCGAUGAUAAAGGCAAACGAGGGACUGUGGAAGGAAAAGCCACACCAGGGACCCCACACGAGAGCUUGGGGAGGGGAUGACAGCCCUGAAUUCCAGACAUAAUUGGCCAUGCCAGGGCAGGGCAGGCCAGGGGCCCUGGAAGGGUGUGGCCAACACCAAGCAGACAUUUCAGAGGAUUCACACUAAUCCUAACCCCGGCAGGCCUUGGGUCCCCAAAGGUGUUACUCUGAGAGCUCUGCUUACAGAGAUUCUUUCUGCUCCUACUCAAUUUCCCUCCCACCACCUCAUCUCCAGCCAGGGAGGAAUAGAUGCUGGUUGUCAGGACAGCCACAUGCCUUCCUGUUCUAUAUCACCUAGUAAUCUCAAAGGGAAGGUUUGUUAUUUAAUUUAUGGAUUGUUCAGCCUUUGGUGUUGUUAGCUUUUUUGCUAGUUGCCUCCAGCUGACCAUACUACCAGAGUGAGGCAGUACUUCACAUCCUGGGAGAUAUGCCCUUGGAACCCAUGAAUGUUAUUUUGUAUUAUUUUAUUUUCAUGAUGUGUAUUUUUUCUAUGUAAAAUGACUGUAAUAUUUGCCUUCAAGAUGGUUCAAACACAAAAUGUUAAAUGAGCUGUUUUUUAAAAAGAGGUCCUUAUACAAACAGACAUGAUAAGAUUGCUUGUAGACCCAAAUGGAAUGGACAGAAUAGUUAAUUCAUAAUACAUGGAAUUCCGGGUAUAGGGUGGAAUUUGUACUGGCCAUGGAUGAUAUUAUACCACUUGAUAUAAAUCUUAUAAAGUUUAAAAAAUAUUUAUAUGUAAUUCAAAGAAUCCCCUUAUAAAUCUCUAAAAUUUGAAAGAAAAGAAACUCUAAUGGUGUAUGUUCAUCAUCAACAGAAAUUUCUUGUAUCUCAAGAUACAGAUCUUGACUUUUAGACUCAAGACAUUCAUUUUUAAAUCUGAUGGUUUCUGUUCAACUUUAUUAUAUUUUGUUGUUUUGCGUUUUAAAUACAAGAGGACAAGUCUGGUUGCAGGGUGGUAGAAAGAGGUGCAGCCUGAUGCUUUUGAACUUGGGCCAAGGAUCUUCAUCUCUCUGGGCCUCAGUUUUCUCUAUCAAGUGAGGCAUUCAUGCUGGCUUCACAGGUGUGGAAUGCCUGUUAUAUGGCAGGCUCUGUGCCAUGAGCUUCUCAUGCAUGUUAGCCCUCAUUCCAUCUUUAAGAGAUAGGCACUAUGAUUAUUCCCAUUUUACAAGUGCGUAAAACUGAGAUUUUCAGAAGUUAAGAAACUUUUCCAAUAACACAAUGACUUCUAGGAGGGUGAAGAAGGGUCCCUAGAGGGACAUGGGAGGACUGGCUUACUUCAUACUUUUGAGCUAGGUAGCCCUGUCUAACUUCUCUCCUUCUAGGAGACAGUUUGGAUUUCUCUCUCCCUUCAGAAAAUGGGCUGUAACAGAAAGUGGACCCCCGGGUUGCUGCAAUAUCUUAAAGCCCUUGGAGAAGCGGCAGAGAUUGCUUUAGGGUUAAUCAGCUUCUUUUAAAAUAUGCAAAAUGUCCUCCAGGUUUUCUGCCUAGAAACUGGUCCCUCGCCUCAUAGCAUAGUUUCCCCCUGAUCGUUACAUGGAUGAUGAAGAAUGAUUCAUAAUGGAGACAGCCCUUGGUGAAUGGGCACAGGAAGGGCUUUAGACAGUUGGUGAGAAGGAUGUAGAUCAUUCAAAGAGGAAGAGGGUGGUCAAGAUGGGAUGGAGCCUCCUUUGUGGGCUCCUCUUCUCCAUCAUUGCUGAGUGUAUAGAUAAAGUGUAUCCUGACAAAUGCAUAAGAAGCUUCAUAAAAGGAAAUCCUUGUCCAUGAAGCAUGAAUUUGGGAAUCUGUUAUUUAAAUCCUUGGCAUUGAGGGCAUAAAAAUAUGAAGGUCACUCAUGGUUGUCCAAUAAGGAAGUAAUCAUUUAUUAGUAAUGUAAUUUAUUAUUCCUCUCUUGUCAUCUCUUUCUAUCCCUCUACUAAGAGAGUUAGCCUGAAAUUCUCCCUGGUGGUCUGAGCACAUUCACUGACUUGAACAAGCACCAUCAUUGGUCUUUUCUCCAGAGUUUGCAUUUGUAAUAGAUAGUUUUUCCAACUACUGGUAGUCAAGUGAAACAAAUGUUGAUUUUGGUUUACGUAAGAAAUAGUUUUAAUCUAUUCACUGCAAUAAAUUUUGUACUUAAAUUU